AUGACACCCGAUACCGAAACGUUCUCCACACCUCCGACGACUCCUAUGCCGCCUGCACCCGCGGCCCAAUCACAGCCGAUGGCAGGGCGCCGCCCGAGCCAACUGCAAUUCACAUCGACAGCGGAAGCGCAUCCCGAGAUCCAGGUCGAGGUCGAACAAGACGACCACAAUAGCACUCCAAACCUCAAAUCGUCGCCGCUUCCGGUUGGAAAAUCAUCGUCGUUGCCGUUACCAGGUCCGGUGGGGAAAGCGAUCCAGGGUGCACUCAAGUCGCCGUGUUUUGUCCAUUCGUUGCUCGACAAGGGCGCGUCGCUCUCUGAUUGGCUCAAGCAGCAACCACAACCACACCUACCCCAUCCCAUGCCGUCUCCCCCCGUGUCUGGAUCGAGCAGCGAGCCGGACUAUGACGACGAGGAAGAGGAAGAGUACUCGAGCAGUCUUACUAGGCAGUUGGCCGAGACUGCGGUCGGGGUCAGAGAGAUGAGUAAGCAGCUUGGCCGAGCGAGGGUCCACAGCAAGAUCAACAAUGUCCUGAUCAUCACCAAGGCCCGGGACAAUAGACUUAGCAAAUUGACGCGAGAACUGGCUCUGAUGCUCAUGACGAAAGAACGAGAAGAUGGACGUGGUCUGGUCGUAUACGUCGACUCGCAGCUCCGCAACUCGAAGCGAUUCGACGCUGCCGGACUAGAGCGAGAUUAUCCCGAAUUAUUCGUGCCUAUCCGACAACCACGCCGUCGUUCCUCCUCAUCGACCUCUCUUGCCUCAUCCCACCAUACAGGCUCGGUCUCUUCCCUCCGAAUGACGGCCAUGUCAUCCCGCAACUCGUCUACCGAUAACCUGUCCCUCCCACCCUCCGAAGGCCAACUGCGCUACUGGACAUCCGACAUGUGCAUUCGCUCUCCCCACUUGUUCGAUUUCGUCGUCACUCUUGGCGGAGACGGAACCGUCCUCUUUGCCUCUUGGCUCUUCCAGCGCAUCGUCCCGCCCAUUCUCCCGUUCGCACUCGGCUCCCUCGGUUUCCUCACAAACUUUGAUUUCGCGGAUUAUAAAGCCGUCAUGGACGGCGCAAUCGAUAAUGGAAUCCGCGUCAACCUUCGCAUGCGAUUUAGUUGCACCGUCUACCGGUCCGUCAACCCGGACGAAUGUCGGUCCCGCAAAGCCGUCAAGCGCGCCGAGACGGGCGAGAUAUUAAUGAAGAGUUUGGAAAAGGGUGGAGGCUGGGAAGCUCUCGAGGCCGGCUACGGCGGGAGCGGGCCCACCGCUGGCGGCAAGGACAAGGAGAUCAUGUGUCUUACGACCCGGCCCGUCGAGACGUUUGAGGUCUUGAACGAUCUUGUCAUCGAUCGUGGCCCGAGUCCGUAUGUCUCGAUGCUCGAGUUGUUUGGCGACGAGCAUCAUAUGACGACUGUCCAGGGAGACGGAUUGACGGUUUCCACACCCACCGGAUCGACCGCAUACUCGUUAUCUGCAGGCGGGUCGCUCGUCCAUCCCGAAAUCCCGGCGAUCCUCAUAACACCCAUCUGCCCGCACACUCUAUCCUUCCGUCCGAUGCUUUUACCCGACAGCAUGGAACUGCGCGUCUGUGUGCCCUACAACUCGAGAAGCACCGCUUGGGCCAGCUUUGAUGGCCGAGGCCGGGUCGAACUCAAACCCGGCGACCAUAUAAAAGUGACCGCCUCGAAGUACCCGUUCCCGACCGUGUGCAACGAUAAACAGUCGACCGACUGGUUCCAUUCCAUUUCGCGCACGUUUAAAUGGAACGAGCGCGAGCGCCAAAAGUCGUUUGUCAUGGUUGAAGAAGACGCCCCCUCGGCUUCUUCUCAGUCCCGGGCCCAAGCUGUUAAGAAAAGGGGAGAUGAGGGGGAGGAAGAAGAGGAAGAAGAGGAGGAGAAAUAUGAUAUUGAUGAUUCGAGUCCCGAGGCUGCUGUCACUACCACCGCCAACAACAACAACAACAGCAACCACAACGGUAACAACGCCCCUUCUGUACCAGAACCAGAACAAGAAGGAAGAGGAAAAGGUUUAGCAGCUGUCGCAGCUCGUGCGAUCAACAGAGACAACAUUGUCGAGUCGCACUUUACAAACAAGUCGGGCUACGACUCGCCCGACCGGUUCCGUGUCCCGCACCCUCAUCCGCCCAAGGUCCAUUUCAGACACACGGUCGAGGGCGCUCCGACGUAUCAGGGAGCACCGAGACCUCAAGAUGGUCCGACUUCAAGAUCCCAGGACGCGAAUCCGGACGCUAAAACUCCUCGCCCGGGAGACACCCAUUCCCAUUCCCACUCUCAUUCAAACUCAAAUUCACAUGCACCGCAGUAUGCCCCCCAAUCCCAACCCCAAUCCCAAUCCCAAUCCCAAGCGUACCACGCGAGCAUCGAGCAAGACGGUCGACCGCACAGCGCGGGGAUCCAACACCACCACCACCACUCGCCGCAUUACCCGCAUUCGUCCCGGUCCCAUCGCGAGCACCAUCGCGACCGCGCGCCAAACACCGCUCCGCCCGAUCGGAGGGCGUUUGCGGUGUGGGGCCAGGACGAGAGCGAUAGUAAUACGAGUGAUGGGGAGGUCUGA